CUUUUCGGUCGCGUCUGCCUCCACGCCAACAUGCCCCUGGCGAAGGAUUUGCUGCACCCUUCCCCUGAGGAGGAGAAGAGGAAGCACAAGAAGAAGCGGCUGGUCCAGAGCCCCAACUCUUACUUUAUGGACGUCAAAUGCCCCGGUUGUUACAAGAUCACGACGGUGUUCAGCCACGCGCAGACCGUCGUGUUAUGUGUGGGCUGCUCGACCGUGCUGUGCCAGCCCACGGGGGGCAAGGCUAGGCUGACAGAAGGCUGCUCCUUCAGGCGAAAGCAGCAUUAGAGAGUGGGGAUGGCUGUGACUGCAGGCCCAGAGCAGGGGCGACCCCACGGAGCUGCCCGGCCCGCCCGAGGGGGCUGCUCGGAGGGCUGCCGCGGAUGUGACUUUGGUGCUGUCCCUGCAGCUUCACCCCCGCGAUGUCAAUA